AUGUCUGUUUUAGUUCAGUUAAAGAAGCAGCUCAGCAGUGCCUCGGAGUUCACUCUUGUGGACGGCACUGGUAGUACGACGGCCGAUAUAACUAAUGCUGAGUUCAUACAGUUUAAAGAGGAUAAAUUACCAUUGGAUGAAGCAACAGAAUUUAUUGUUGAUGAGCAGCCAGCAAAGCUACGGGUUAUCAUUCAAUGCUGGUUGCAUAAGGAUGACAGUGCUGCUGAAUAUCUUGCAGAUUGCCAAGAAAAGAAGAUUACCAACAUUUCAUUUCUGCAAAGAAAUGAUCUUUUAAAAUGGUUAUCAGGUGAAUCGGAAACUUCUGAGUAUCUAGAUGUCAAGAACAUAAAGACUGAUAAUAGUGAAGCGGAUGUAAAUACUAAAACGGAUGUAAGUGAAAGUCAGAAGAUUAUAGAUGAUCCAGUAUUACAGGAGGCCACUCAAAAAGAGCGUAUCUUGAUUGAUCAUAACUCUAUGCUGCACGGUAGUAAGCCAGUUGAUUUCGGCUAUCUAAUCAAAGAUGCAGAACUGAAAUUAGUUCACUCCAUCAAGGCAACAUUACGCUCGAAGCAAGGUAGCGGUAAGCCAGGUGCUGUGUCAAAGCACGGUUCACAAAAUCAAAAGACUCAAAAGAAAGAUCCAAUUAUUUUGAUACCAUCUGCGGCAUCUUCAUUGUUUGCUAUUUCGAAUAUUAAACAAUUUUUAGAAUCCUCUCAAUACAUCAACCCUAGAGAUGCAACAGCAAAUACAGGCUCAGACGUGAUAACUGUGGAAAAGAAAUUUGACCGUAUUUCAAGACCGAUUAAAUUUAUUGUAGUCAACAAUACUAGAAUGUUUACUAAGCCUGAGUAUUGGGAUAGAGUGGUAGCAGUAUUUACUACAGGACACACAUGGCAGUUUAACAACUAUCAGUGGAACACACCUCAAGAACUAUUUCAACACUGUAAGGGAUACUACUUCCACUUUACUGGGGACUCAGUUCCACAAAAUGUCCAGCAAUGGAAUGUAGAUAAAGUCGAACUAGAUAAAACGAAGAGAUUUAAAGAUGUGGAGGUUGUACGUUAUUUCUGGAAUACAAUUGAAAAAGAACUAAUGGCUAGAGGAUUCCGAUAA